CCGUUGCCGUCUGUCAGUACUCGGUUUAGUCUUCAGUCCGGUCAGUUCACAAUAUUGAAUAUUCACUUCACCGUUUCACCGGACUUCUGGAGUACUAGAUCGCUGGGGUUGUAAUAAUAUUAUUGUUCUAUAUUUGGAAAUCAAGAUACUCUAGUGUUAAACCAAAUCAUAUCGAUCUUAAAUCUUAAAAAAUUCUACGUGAUUACAUUGUUGUAGAGUAUAACUAAUUCACAAAUAAAAACAUUAUUCGUUAGCAGAUAGUGGUAGAUACCAGAACGACAUCCCGUAUCCGUUAAUAUAAUACAUUACAACGAAUUAUAUUAUACAGAAAAUGGCAUCGUUGAGAUCUUUGAAUCGCACUCUACGAAAUGCACAAGCUGGAGCCAUAGAUCCAAUGCAAGUAGAUGCACCUCCUGAAGAAAAUGACAACAAUGAAGAAGAAUCAUAUGAAGUGGACAUUGAUUCAUUUGAUCUUGACACAUAUGCCAAUAGUUACUUUGGAUUAGCUCGCAUUUACAGGCUAAUUUAUAUAGCUGACCAUUGUCCAAAACUCCGGUAUGAUGCAUUACGUCUGGCCAUAUCACAUGUUAUUACUACUAUGAAUACUAAUCUGUAUCAAGCGCUACAUCAUAAGCUUCAAGGACUUCAACUACCAGAUGUUACCGGAGUUAAUCCAGCAGAUACAGCGAUUCCAGUGUUUAAUAAUGUUUGGUUAGAAUCUACAAAUCAAAAAUCAGCCAUGAAACUUGAAAAGCUGGAUGGAGAUCUUAAAAACUAUAAGAGUAAUUCGAUUAAGGAAAGCAUUCGUCGUGGUCAUAAUGAAAUCGGUGACCAUUACGUCAAUUGUGGAGACCUCAUUGAAGCAACUAAAAGUUAUUCUAAGGCCCGAGAUUAUUGUACUAGUUCCUCCCAUGUUAUAUCAAUGUGUCUUAACAUAAUAAAAGUUGGCAUUUAUCUGCAAAAUUGGUCACAUGUUAUCAAUUACAUAAUUAAAGCUGAAUCUACUCCAGACUAUAUGGAAAAUUCUGAACUCCAGACCACAUAUAGUUCUACACUUAAAUGCAUGACAGGUUUAGCUGAACUUGCUGGUCGUAAAUAUAAAUUAGCUGCUCAAAAUUUCUUGAAAACUAAUCUUGAUUAUUGGGAUUCUUAUGACAUAAUGACGCCUAAUGAUAUUGCUAUUUAUGGAGGACUUUGUGCGCUGGCUACUUUUAAUCGCUUAGAACUUCAAAAUAACGUAAUUUGCAACAACUCAUUCAAAUUAUUCCUUGAACUAGAACCUGAAAUACGUGAUGCGAUUUUCAAGUUUUACGAGUCCAAAUAUGAAGUCUGUUUAACAAUUUUGAACAAAAUAAAACCAAUUUUACUUCUUGAUAUGUACAUUGGAUCUCACAUAAACCAGCUCUACUCUAAUAUAAGAAGUAAAGCAAUGAUUCAAUAUUUCUGUCCAUACGACUCUGCUGAUUUAAGAAAAAUGGCAUUAUGUUUCAAUACUCCUUUGCCUGAUUUAGAGAAUGAACUUAUGCAACUAAUUUUGGAUGGUCAUAUCAAGGCUCGUAUUGACUCCAUUAAUAAAAUCCUUUACGCUAAACAUCCAAAUCAAAGAGUAGAAACUUUUGAGAAAGMUAUGUCAAUGGCUCAACAAUAUAGUAGGUAUAUGCACAUUUUAGUACUGAAAAGUCAAAUGAUCAAGCACCAGUUGAAUUCAAAACUUGGUAAAGUCGAACGUCUAAACAAUAUUGGAAAAAUAAUAAAUGUAGAUUUUGUAAAAAUAUCUGGAUAAAAAUGACUUAUGAAACAUUAUAAACCUGGAAUAUUAAGAUUGUAUAAUAAUUUUGUCAUUAAACAUAAUAAACUUCAAACUAAAAUUUUGUUUUUAUCAAUAUUUGUAUU